AUGGGCGCCGCUCGGUCCGCCUCCGACGCCGUGCGGCGGUGCGGCGAGCCGCGGCUGCUGCCGGCACGACGGGGGAGCAUUGGCGCACGCGCUAGUGGCCAAAAGGGGGUUCUUCAUUGGCGCAGCGCAGCGGAUGCCUUUAGCCGUUCGUGUGAGCCCGCACGCAUCACACUUCCGAUCCUGCCCGCCCCAAUUGCCUCUCCGUUCGACCUCCCGUCGCUCCUUCCCCCUUUCCCCUCCACCUCUCCGUCCUCCCCGGCGUCAGCACAAGCGGCGGACACAGCGGCCUUCUCGCAGGGCGGCUUCGAGCAGCUGCUGCCGGACCUGCAGGCCGCCAUCUGUCACCAGCCGCUCUGUCUGCCCAUCCCAUCGUCCCACUCGCCCCUCCAUCUCUCGCCCCUCCACGUCACGUCGGCCCUAACCCGCGUCACCUGCUCGCACCUGUGCCGCCACUCUCGCCACCCGCCCUGCCAUCCCGCUCUCGUCUCUGCACUCAUUGCUCCUUUCCCUCCCCCUGAAACCCCCCUUCCCCCACCGCCGCCACUAUGGGCGGCAGUCAGCAGCGCGGGACGGCAGCGACAAGGCGUUGGUGGAGGAGCGGUGGGAGCGCGACCCCGGCAACCCGUGGGAGGGGUACGGCAUCACACGUGGGCGGGGUACGGCAUCACACGUGGGCGGGGUACGGCAUCACACGUGGGCGGGGUACGGCAUCACACGUGGGCGGGGUACGGCAUCACACGUGGGAGGGGUACGGCAUCACACGUGGGCGGGGUACGGCAUCACACGUGGGCGGGGUACGGCAUCACACGUGGGCGGGGUACGGCAUCACACGUGGGAGGGGUACGGCAUCACACGUGGGCGGGGUACGGCAUCACACGUGGGCGGGGUACGGCAUCACACGUGGGCGGGGUACGGCAUCACACGUGGGCGGGGUACGGCAUCACACGUGGGCGGGGUACGGCAUCACACGUGGGCGGGGUACGGCAUCACACGUGGGCGGGGUACGGCAUCACACGUGGGCGGGGUACGGCAUCACACGUGGGCGGGGUACGGCAUCACACGUGGGCAGGGUACGGCAUCACACGCGUGCUGGAGGGUGCCUACGUGCUCGACAAGGCCGCUGCCAACGUGUCCAUCGUUAGGCGAGGGAGGCUGGGCACGACCACUAUUUCCCACCCGGACAACUCCUCCUGUCCGUCCAUUCCUCCAUGCAUGCAUCGUUUUGUGCCCCUCUCUCCCCUUCUCGCUUCCAACGGUCGUUCCCCGGCACCUCCACCACAUACCCCCCUCUCCCCCCACCUCUCCCCUUCCCCCCCUUUCCCCUCCGCCAGGCCAUGA